AGUUCGCAGCCUGUACCCAACCGCUCCGAGUGUACGCCUCUACCCAAUUCGAGCCACCGGGGAAAAGCUCUGCGUCGUUGUCGUCGUCUGCGGCGGCCGAAUGAGCAAGCGGCCCCGCGUCGAUCCCUCCUCCUUCGCCUCCGCGCCCAAGCGCCAGUACGGCGCAGGCGGCGGGUAUGGCGAGCAGCAGGGGUACUCGGAGGAGCGGAGCAGCGCGCAGCGGGUGGCGGACCACUACAGCGCGCGGUCCAACCAGACGCUGGAGGAGCGCGAGAGCAGCCCCAUCAUCCACCUCAAGAAGCUCAACAACUGGAUAAAGAGUGUUCUGAUCCAGCUGUAUGCACGCCCGGGCCACUGUGUGCUUGAUCUUGCUUGCGGGAAGGGAGGUGAUUUGAUAAAGUGGGAUAAAGCCAAGGUUGGCUACUACGUGGGAGUUGAUAUUGCUGAAGGCUCGAUAAAAGAUUGCAUGACCCGCUACAAUGGUGACACAGAUCAACAACGGAGGAAGAAGUUCAGUUUCCCUGCACGACUUCUUUGCACAGAUUGUUAUGAGGCUCGUUUGGAUGAGUAUCUAUAUGAGGAUGCUCCUUUUGACAUAUGUAGCUGUCAGUUUGCUUUACAUUAUUCGUGGUCAACUGAAGCACGUGCCAGACAAGCCUUGGCAAAUGUGUCUGCAUUGCUUCGUCCUGGAGGCAUUUUUAUUGGGACGAUGCCUGAUGCGAACGUCAUUAUCAAAAGGCUUCGAGAAUCUGAAGGUUUGGAAUUUGGGAACAGUGUUUACUGGAUUAGCUUUGGUGAAGAGUAUGCUGAAAAGAAAUUCCCUGCAUCCAGACCUUUUGGUAUCAAGUACAAGUUUCACCUAGAGGAUGCUGUUGAUUGCCCAGAAUGGGUUGUUCCAUUCCAUCUCUUCAAGCUACUCGCAGAGGAGUAUGAUCUUGAGCUGGUUUUGACGAAGAACUUCCACGAAUUUGUGCAUGAGUAUUUGCAAAAGCCAGAGUUUACUGAACUGAUACGGAGGCUGGGUGCCCUUGGUGAUGGAAGGCAGGACCAAAGUACACUGUCACAGGAUGAGUGGGAGGUUUCCUAUCUUUAUCUCGCAUUUGUCCUUCGGAAGCGAGGGCAACCGUCUACCCAACAGAGAGCGAACAACACAAACAAAGGGAAGAUGUUCCUCACCGAGGGUGACAUUGAGUUUCUUGGGAUAUAAGCAGAAGUCGUCUACCCUUAUUAUAGAGCUUGCUAACAGCUUUGCCGAUCCUAUGCCCCCACAUAGCGUGAAAGAAAAUUGUAACUUUAGUGUCUCACUGUUCACAAGUUAUUUAUUUCUCCAAUCUGUAUCUGUUGUAUAACUUCACAAAAUUAAAUGUAUGGACUCGUAAUGCAAUUUUGGAGGAAUGAAUGAACAAUAGUUGGAGCGGUUGCUCGUCAGCUUCAAA